CCUGCUGGAUUACAGCCUGUGCGCAGCCAGUGAGGGCUUUAUUCUGUUUGAAUGAGGAAAACAUCGCGUCUGCCUUUCUGAAAACUGUCACAUGGGGCCAAGGAGGAAAAAAAAUCGCUUCCUGAAAUGAUUCUCGUCCCUCGCUAUGUAUUGCUGUUGUUUUCUCCCGUCUCUAACAACAUAAUAUCGCAUCGCGUUUAAUUUUGCGUCCGGAUCUUUUACCCCACUGUCGGUGCCGAUGAUGAUCAGCAAAGUUAAAAACGCCAUGUCCAACCUGGUCGGAGGGAUGAUGCCGCACGGACAUCACCACCAUAACCACCACUCUGGUGGACAGACCUGCGGUACGGACAGCCUGCCGCCUCGUUUCCCCUACGGCCGGCCGGAUUUCUUGGACCUCACCCCGGAGCUCCUGCAGUACUCCACCGAGCACGCAUCGCGGCCGGUGCUCACGUUAAAGAGAGGCAGCAGGCUUCCCUGGCAAACGGGAUACGCAGAGGCGAUCAAUGCAGGGAAGAGCAUGUUGAACGAGGACCAGGCCUCAUGUGAGAAAGUGUUUGUGAAGAAGCCGAGUGGCAAACACCGCAACUCUACUUUGCUAGAUCAAAACGGGGAUGGUACAGGAAUUCCUCUCCACUUCUGGGGGAUUUUUGAUGGACAUGCAGGUUCUGGCGCGGCCAUCAUGGCCUCCAAGCUUCUUCACCACCUAAUCAGAGACCGCUUGGGGGAGAUCUGCCACCUCCUGGAGAACCCCAGCAGUGCUCCUCCUAUCUGCCUGGCCAAGAAUGGCAGCCCAUAUCAGGCAGAGGCAAAGAAAGGGGGUGCACAAGAACCAGAGGACCCAGAUGCAGUCAGCGACGCUUCAGUGCGCUUUUACAUGGAGAAAGUUGUCAGUUUGGAAAGCCUGGUGAUGGGAGUCAUAGAGACUGCCUUCAAACAGAUGGAUGACCUAAUUGAAAAGGAAAAAUCCUCGUAUGCCAUUUCUGGUGGCUGUUGUGCCUUAGCUGCCAUACAUUUAAUGGGGAAACUCUACGUAGCCAAUGCUGGAGAUAGCAGGGCCAUAAUAAUACGGAAUAAUGAAGUUAUUCCCAUGACAAAUGAAUUUACACCUGAGUCUGAGAGACAGCGGCUACAGUAUCUGGGCUUCCUGAGGCCAGAGCUCCUGGGAAAUGAGUUCACUCACAUUGAGUUCCCUCGUAGGAUCCAACACAGUGAGCUGGGUAAAAAGAUGCUCUACAGAGACCACACCAUGACUGGCUGGGCUUAUAAGACAAUUGUUGAAGAUGAUUUGAAAUUUCCCCUGAUAUAUGGAGAAGGGAAAAAGGCUCGUGUCAUGGCAACAAUCGGAGUGACACGUGGGCUCGGUGAUCAUGACCUGAAAGUUUACAACUCCAACAUUUACAUUAAGCCCUUCCUCUCAUGUGUCCCUGAGGUAAAGGUUUAUAACAUGGAUGAACAUAAACACGGCCCAGAUGAUGUCUUGGUCAUGGGCACAGAUGGACUUUGGGAUGUAACUACGGACAAGGAAGUGGCAGAUGCUAUUACAGCCUACUUAUCCUGCUGUGACCCCUCUGAUCCCAUGAGAUAUACACUGGCAGCGCAGGACCUGCUUAUGAGGUCAAGGGGGGUGCUGAAGGAGCGUGGCUGGCGGCUACCCAAUGAUAGACUGGGCUCUGGUGAUGACAUCACUGUGUUUGUCAUCCCACUGGCAGGGCAUGAGUCAGAGACAUGACGUGGUUGUAGCCACCACUAUGACAGAGCUCUCUUUAGGGUCCUCCCUCCUUCAGCUCCCUAAACCCUGGACCAGUGGGGCAGUGGGAGAAGAAAAAAUCUUUGUCAUAGGGAAGACUCGGGUCUGACCAGCACCUUCAUCAACUUACCAUAUGAGACCCAGUCCCUUCACUUCAUUUUAAACCAGGAACUGUCUCCCAUCUGCUUUGGUUGGUCCUCAGUCAUGCAACUAAACAUGUUCAGUGACAUUAAAGUAUUUUCUCCCAAACCUGCUGUUUGUGACAGUUGCCAGUGAGAAUUAAACCCUUGUUGUACUUUUCUUUCUUGUUUAUGUUUGAGACUAAGCGGUUACUCAAACCUUAAAUGGAUUGUUCAUUUUAAUGUUGUGCCCUAAUAGUGAAUACCUUUUUAAAAAUUAAAAUUUAAAAAAAGAAUCAAUCACACAAUGUAAAGGGGAUUGCAAUAGAGAAUGUGAGGAAACCAAAGAGAUGCUCCCGAAGCACAAGGAUGGCAAAUCAGAUACAGAAUAAACAGUAAAAACAAUCAUCAGGUUCUUGUUGUUGCAUUAAAGAAGGAAAAAGAGAAUUAGUUAACAUGCAGAAUCAACUGAAUCUUGGUUGAAGUAUUUCUUUCUCAGUAACAAAUGAAUGACAACACCUGAGGCACUUGAAAACUGUUGCACAUGCUCUGUGUUAGCCUGUUGAUUUCAUAUCUUUUAAGUGAAUGUGCUCCUAUAUGACUUCCUUCUUUUUGUCAUUGCAGUGAAGAAAUAUGAAGCUUUUUUGUUGAAAAAAGAAGAAUCAUUUGUAUAAUUUAAGUAUAAUCAAACGUUUUUCUUUGUUUAAUAUUUAAAUGAGAAAGUAAAUUGUUCUCCAUAAUCGUCUCGGUAUAGUAAGAUGUGAUAAACUUCACAUAUAUGCCUUAUUGAAACAUGAAAGGGACUCGAGAGUUUUUUUCUUCAAAUGCACUAAAUUUGACCCUUGUAGAAGAGGCAAAAAAAUAUAUAUAUUGUAUGCCCUUAAAUGUACUACAUACCUCUUUUAUACCAUUUUGGUUAUGUCAUGUUGUUCUUUAGAUUAUGCAUAUAUUUUUAAAGAUAACUUUAGUUGUAAGCAGUAUCAGAUGUUUUAUUUUUAUGUUUCUAUCCAUAACUCUUUGUUCAGAUAGUGUGUCCCAGACUAUGAGCUACCUAAAUGUGUAGUGGAGGGAUAAUGUGUUCCAGUUAAGAAAUAAAUCAGAUUUUUCCCAUUUA